AUGGUAGCGAAAGCAGUUCUCGUUUUCUGUGCUCAAGCACUUUUAGCCCAGUACAUCUCCGCUCAAUGUCUCGGAGCUGCGCCCUGGGCCGCGCCGUACCCCGGCCAGUGGGGCGCCGCGCCCUACGCCGAGAUCCCUCUCGCCGCGCCGUGCGCCUUCGCGCCCAUCAACGGCGGAGGCUUCCAGAUCACCAGCAUGUCGCCCAUGUCGGUGACGGGCGUGUCGGUGACGUCGGAGAACGCGUACGAAGGGCCGCUGUCGGUGUGCGGCGCGGUGCCGUUCCUGGGCGCGGUGGCGCUGGAGGGCGCGCUGCCGACCGCCGGCAGCGGCGCCAUCACGUACGGCUGCGGCAACGGCAACGUCGCCAUGACGAGCGAGAGCAUCAACGCGGGCCCGUACGGGUACGCGCCCGAGCUGUACGCGUACCCGCCCGAGGGCUACUACGGCAGGCCGUGCGGCUGCGGCAUGUACUGAUGGGGGUGCCAACGAGAUUAAUAUUUUAACGUUG